CAUCCCUUGACCAGAGCAAGCUUGAACCUUGACUUGUACUGGGGGAAAAUGGUUAUUGACAAUUUGGAAUUUCAUUCUUUUCUUUUGUAUUUAUUAUUUCCACAGCAGAUAGCAGCCUUUUUGAUUCUCUCCUCCACUUCCACACCCAUCCGGCCAUGCAAAGGCAAGGUUAACUGGCUAAGCCAGCGCGCUUCAACAGCAGUUGAAAUUGUCAGAGACUCCCCGUUGCAGUGGGGGGCUGCAGCCUGGUGCAAUUACUUCUAAAAACAGUUUCCAUGCUGUGCAAGACUGAUGGCUCAGCCCAGCGCUUCAAUCAAAACAUUCUCAAAUUUCGACGCCCUGAACACAGAGAGCCAUCCACAUUCGGGAUGAAGGAUGUUCCGUGCAGCGUUAUUGGCGGCGCUUUAGCUUCCCAUUGAAGUAACCAUGCAAAGUUCAGGAUUUCGUCCCAAUGGACGUAACUAUAAUGACAUUUUGUCCACUACGGUCCUAACCGCCACUGUCAUUCUGCUUGAGGUUUCGGCGAGAAGCUGGUUUCGAUGACAAUUGACGUAUAUCUGGCUACUUAAAGAGGCAGCCAGCUACUUGGCUAGCUUAACGGAAUGAUCAAAUUUGGUUUCACCGUGAAGACCCCAAUCUGAGGCUGAUCUGAGAAUCUCGCUACCAGGCUCCAGCAUUUCCCAGUAGCAGCUUGGCAAAAGCCAGAGUGGAUGGCAAGGAGAUGAAGUGGAAGAACAGGGCAAUAAUGACCCUUCAGACGGAGCAGAUGUGGUAGAAAGAUUGUGCAAGUACCAACCAACCAAAUUUGGCUUCGAGGGGCUCUCUCGUCACCGGAGGGCUUUUGGCAAGGAAAGUCACAGCAACCCAAGCUUCUGAUCACCUACUAGGGUUCGUUUGCUUCAUCCCAAACAGACAAGCUAGAUUUAAUAAUUAUUAUUGAUAAGGCUGUAUUGUGCGCCACUAUUUCCAAACCCUUGACUCCCUGCACUUCUUCCUGCCAUUGGUUUGGUCCCACUUGGACAGGUUGUCAAAAUUCUUGGCGCGCGGGGCCGUGGUGCGACUGUUAAAUCGCACGGGCCGCAAGUUUUGGGCUUACCUGAGAAAUCGAUCUGAGUUCUUCACCGAUGUCGGAAAGUUAUAUAUAAUAAGGAAGUUGUAUUUGAGAUCUGCUUCCCGAUAUCUGCCAAAUGUCAGUCGGCUUGGUAGAAAGUUCUGGGGAUAGUAGUUUCCGCGCAAAAAAGCCAGUGGAAUCUAAGCGCGGGGUUCCUUGCCGUAUGGUGGAUGGGAUGCUUGCUACAGAUAUGCUGCCGUAAAUAAUGUUAAUGCUGUUGCCUGGGGAUGUCAGAGAAUCAACAAAGCGCGAAGCCUGCAUUAACUUCUCGAAGACAUUACCCAUCACAACGAUGUUCGUGAUCAGGAGUCUUUUAGGAAUUGAAAUUAAUGUGGUGCCUAAAUAAUACGAACCUGUUGGAAGGUUGGCGCCAGUUAUUGAACGGCACAUGCAUUAGCAACGGGUGGAACGUGCCAAUAUAAGUCCCCUUUGCCUCUGAUGAUGUCGCCGUGAAGCGAAAAAGUACCUCAUACUUUGUCAAGGAGAAUGGCAGACGAGACCACCAAAUCUUCUAUCCCUAUUUGCCGGGAGAGAAAAUGCCGGCGCCGAGAUGAUGCUUUCAAGACUCCGGCUUGCCGAAAAAGGGACGUUUGGGUAAUCGGAGCGAGCGAUACCGAGAGAAGUGUCCUCCUUCCACACAUACUUUCUUCAAGGCAUUCGAGAUGUUACAUUCUGUGCCAAUUCCCAGCGUUUUGAAGCAUGACGUCGUUUUCCUAUGGAUAUCUUCGUCAGCCUUGGCGAAGUGGGAUUUAGAUAGAGUUAAGCAUACGGAGUACACGAUACGAAUUUCCACCCCCCCUCCCAACACUCGGCAAACUUGGCGUGUCUCCAUAGACUCUCGAAUGCUAUUCCUAAUAUCCAUUCAGCGUUGAACCAGUGUCUACAACGUGUCGUGCUUUUCAGGCAGAAUAAUUUCGAGAAAGCCCUACCCUACCUUGACAGUGCGUAAAGCGAAAGACACCCAAAGGGUGUCGAAUUUUGUGAUAUAUAAAUGGGAUGGUAUCAGCAAGAAACAAGAGAGAAUCAAUCCAUUGAAUCCACCGAUCCAGCUCUACUACAGUGAAAAAACGACAAUCAUAUUAAUUAUUUCCAUAUAUUUCUAUACUUCCCAAAAUCAAAUGGCGUCCCCAAAACUUGUCACUGUUUUUGGUGCUACAGGUAACCAAGGCGGUUCUGUUGUCAGAUCACUUCUUCGCAACAAAGCGGCAUUCCGUGUCCGAGGACUCACCCGGAACCCUGACUCCCCUAAAGCUAAAGAAUUGGCUCAGGCUGGCGUUGAGGUUGUGGGAGUAGAUGGAUUUAAGAAAGACGAUUUGGCCAAUGCAUUUAAAGACAGCUGGGCAGUAUUUGCUAAUACUAAUUCCGACGAUUCGGCUUUUGAUGAUCCCAAUGGACCCACUGAGCUGGACCUUGGUCGCGUCAUUGUAGAUGCUGCAAACGAAGCUGGCGUGGAGCAUUUCGUGUAUAGCUCAGCAGGCCAUAUCUACGAAAUUACUAAAGGGGCCGUCAAACUAGAUAUGAUGGACAACAAAAAUAAAAUCGAACAGCUCGCCCGAAAUAGUCCUAAUUUCAAAACUGUAACAGCUGUGUGUGCCGGUUGGUACUUCGAAAACUUCACGUCUCCAUUCAUUGCAGAAGUGUUCGGCGGAUUCCCCCUCGCGACGGACUCUGAAGGUUAUGUCACACUCUCGCAGCCUCUAGUUGGUGGCCCGGGAUUGGUUCCAUACAUUGCAAUCGAGGAAGACUUCGGAGAUCUUGUCCAUGGUGUUUUGCUGCACCCAGAAACAUGGGGCGGAAAAACCAUCCAAGGAUUUGGCCAUCUAGCAACAUUUCAGGAGAUCAUUGAAGAUUUUACCAAAGUUACCGGCAAAACAUCACGAUAUGUUCCCCUCGAAAUAGAAAAGUUCCCUACGAUGGGCGGCAUUAGAGCACUCGAAAGCAUUAGGGACAUGUAUUCAUUCACACAAUGGGCGGAUGGUCGAUAUUUCGCGAAUCAGGAGUUCGAUGCAGAGCAGGCGAAGGCGCUUAAGAAAUCUGUUCAAGACGUGGUCGCUCCAGGAGAGCCAAAGUCAUUAAUGACUGCCGAGCAAUUUUUUGCCAAGAUGUUCAGCGGAGGCAAAACUGAGUAGAUGGAUAUCAGACAGCGUCAGACAGCGAAUAUUUUGUUUUGUUGCGAGGAAAGCUAGUUAUUCCAGAAUAAAAUUUUAAUUCCACGUUCUUAUCAAAAUACUCAGAAUGGUCUCUCCAGUUUCAAAGUCGGCCACCAUUACUGCUCCGGAACUUCGUGCGAAGUCUCUCCGAGGCAAAUCGAGCAUAGCCGAAGACGUAGUAGCUUCAAG